AUGUCGAGUUCAACACCCACCGUUGUACUGUUGGGUACAUGCGACACCAAGCUCGAGGAGCUCCUAUAUGUCCACGACAAGUUGGUGAAAGACCACGGCGUCAACUGCAAGCUCAUAGACGUGGGCCGCGACGCGUGUUCACACCCCGCCAUCGCCAUCACUCAGGAUGAGCUUUUCAAAAACUCAGGUCUUCCGCCACCCAAAGACCUCCACGCUCUUCCACGAGGAGAACUGAUCUCAACGAUCAUCAAACACACUAAACCCGUCGUGUCCUCUCUGUACAGAUCCCAGAGCAUCCACGCCGCGCUCUGUCUCGGGGGCAGCGGCGGCUCGUCUCUCGGCGCAGAGGUGAUGCGCGCCGCCCUUCCCAUCGGCUUUCCGAAGCUCAUCGUAAGCACCAUGGCCGCCGGAGACGUGCGUCCGUACGUGGGCGAAUCGGACAUCGCGAUGAUGCACAGCGUCGUAGACAUCGCAGGGCUGAACGACAUCCUCUGCGCCGUCCUCGAGAACGCUGCGGGAGCCAUUGCAGGCAUGGCGCGGGUGCAGCUCGCACGCAACAAUCGCUCAGCGCCGUCGUCUCCUCAUAACAAGCGCAUCGCAAUCACCAUGUUCGGCGUGACCACGCCCGCCGUCACCUACGCUCGCGCGCUCCUCUCCGCCUACCCCUGCACGACAUACGUCUUCCACGCCACGGGCGCAGGCGGACGCGCGCUCGAGCGGCUUGCAUCCGAGCACUUUUGGGCGGGCAUACUCGACCUGACGAUCACCGAACUCGUCGACGCGCUCGUCGGCGGCAUCCUCAGCGCAGGCAAUGCACGUCUCACCGCCGCGGCCGCCGCCCGCAUCCCGCAAGUGAUCUCGCUCGGUGCGCUCGACAUGGCGAACUUUGGGCCGCGCGCGACUGUGCCAGCGCAGUACGACGAGCGAAAUUUGUUUCAGCACAACCCGAGCAUCACGUUGAUGCGCACGUCGCGCGAGGAGUGCGCGAUUUUGGGGCGGCAGAUCGCCGAGCGUCUGCGCGACGCGGAUCCUAGUCGGACGGAGGUGUGGGUACCCAGGGCGGGAGUGAGCGCGCUCAGUGUGCGUGGUCAGCCGUUUUGGGAUCCAGACGCGGAUGAGGCACUGUUCUCCGCCGUCAGAGAUGGCCUGAAGGGGAGCGGCAUUCGGGUCGUAGAAGAGGACAGGGACAUCAAUGACCCCGCCUUCGUGGCGGGAAUGGUGCGUAGGCUGGUGGACAUGAUGGAGAUGGAGCCUAUACCUGGGAAGAAAGCUGAGAUACUAUAA